AUGGAAAACCUUGCUUCGUCUCUAGAAAAUGACUAUUUGCAUUUUAAUUUUGAUACUAAUGCAAAAGAGACAGAAAUUCAAGAAUCUACAAUAUUAUUAGAAUUUGUAUCAAAUGCUGAAGUCGCUAUAAAGUCAAAUGCUAAUGGCGAUAAAGAGUCAAAUGCUAAUGGCGAUGAAGAGUCAAAUGCUAAUGGCGAUGAAGAGUCAAAUGCUAAUGGCAAUGAAGAGUCAAAUGCUAAUGGCAAUAAAGAGUCAAAUGCUAAUAGCAAUGAAGAGUCAAAUGCUAAUGGCAAUGAAGAGUCAAAUGCUAAUGACGAUGAAGAGUCAAUUACUAAUGGUAGAGAAGAGUCUGACCGUACUGAAUCUCUAGUUAAAUUCUUUCAUGAGGUGGAAAGUGACAUCAAGCAGAACGCUCAACUACUUUUAGCUUUUGAGAAGUUUCAAAGAGGAUAUCAUAAUGCAAAAAAUCUCUCAGAAAAUAAGCUGGUUUCAUUUGUUUACCAGCAUGCAGAUAGCUCCACAAUGAUUCGGAGUGGAAAAAAGAUACCUGUUCAAGUAACAUCCGUACAAAGAAGAAAACGAACUACAAAAAAACAGGCUUUGGGAAAACGACUAUUAGGUAAAGAGAACAAAGAUCCGUAUGAAAUGCAACCAAGAAAAAAAGAAAAGAAGCCCGAAAACCCCAUAAUUUAG